GGAUCCAAACUCUACAGCUGCACUAUAUCAUGCUUCUUGUUGUGACCGUCUGCAGAUACUACGGAGCAAUACAUCAGGCUGGUCAGCAGGGAUUGAAGCGAUAGAGAACUCCAUCCAAGAAGCUUCCACAUCCACUAACCAGUUCUUCAUAACACAAAUAGACAACUCAUCCUCAGUGUCCAAUGAUGUGGGAAACGCGCUGUACAAGCGGAUAAUUCCAGCCUAUCGGGCGGGGGAGAUGUUCCGCGUGUAUGUGAUGAUGCCGUUACUGCCAGCCUUCGAGGGAGAGUUUGGAACACCAGGGGGCACUGCCCUUCAGGCUGUCACUCACUGGAACUACUCGUCUAUAUGCAGGGGAGGCAACUCUCUCAUAGAGAAACUCAGCAAAGAAGUGCCUGACCCUAUGCAGUAUAUCAUCUUCAAUGGGCUGCGAACCCAUGACGAACUCAACGGUAAACCAAUCACUGAGCUCGUGUAUGUACACAGUAAGCUGAUGAUCGUUGAUGACGACACUGUCAUCAUCGGUUCAGCCAACAUCAACGACAGGAGCAUGCUGGGAAAGAGGGACAGCGAGAUGGCAGUGAUGGUGGAGGACCUCCCAAAGAACAAGUUCGAGAUCUCGUUUGGGGAUCGGAAGCACAUGGCGGGCAAGUUUGCCUCCUCCCUCAGAAGGACCCUGUUCAAUGAGCACCUGGGGCUGGGAGAUGCUGGCUAUGAGGUGGAUGACAUUGUCUCGGACUCCUUCUACAAGGGUGAAUGGAUCCACAGGGCCAGCAUCAACACCACCAUGUAUGACAAGGUAGGUUCUCUUGAUGGAUGUAGGACAAGGUGGGUUCACUUGAUGGAUGACAAGGUGGGGAGGUUCACUGCAGGAAACAGCAGGAUAGAUGAUGGAGCAAGUGUCAUCGGUCAGCUGGCACUUGCUAGACAACUUUGUGACAUGCAGAAGACGGAGGGCGUGGUGGAUGGGCCAGUGGUGACAGUGUCAGCUUGGUAA